AUGGCGGCAUUGUUCCAGUCCUUUCGGGGCUCGGGCAUGCCCAAACGCCUGCUCCGCUAUGCCUUGUCGCGGUUGGAUCUGCUAGACGCCGAGGCUCUUGAUAUGGAGAAUUUGGAUCUGGCUUUGGGACGAAACACGGUAUUCGAAUUCAGAGAUGUUGGAAUCAAGCUCAAGAAGCUUCAAAAACUCCUGAGUCUUCCGCCUACGUUUGGACUUGAGAGAGCCAAGGUGCUUCUCCUCCGCAUAACCAUACCCAUGGACUUCUACACGAGCCCCAUCAUUGUCCAGGUCGACGGCGUCGAUGUCCGCUUAAAGGUUUUGGGGGACACAUCCAACACAUCCCGCGGUCCUUCAAAUACACAGAUGCAGGAAGCGUCAGUCGUCCCUAAUACGGCCGACCUUGCACAGUCGUUCCUGGAGACGGAGCCAUUAUCAGAAAGGAGGCAGCUGGAAGAUGCGCUGGCUGCUGAAACCAGCGACUUGGGCGCAUCCGUCAGCAUGAGUGAGGAUGGCAGUGAAGACGAGUCACCAUUCGGCACGGGCCAACCGCUAUCGCUUCCAGGAUUUCUGGCAGACUUCUUGCAAGGCAUUGUCGACCGAACCCAAAUCGGCAUCAAAAACGUUGCGUUUCAGCUGGACCUGGAGGUGCCUGCUGAGUUGAAUUCACCCAAGCUGGAGCCAGUCUCGUUUCAAAUCGCACUUGGCCAAGUCGACGUUGAAGGCAUCACAGCACCGCCACAAGGUGAAAGUAAUGACGCGCCGCAAUUAGUCCACCGAGAAGGAAAACGACAUGUUUCUCUGUCAAGCAUCCGCGCCUGCUUGAUAUCUGAAGCCGACGCCUUCGCUGCAUUGACUCGUUCGCCGUCAACAGCCUCACCAUCCUUGGCGUCAUCGCCCGCCAUGACAAGAAACCCGCCUUCCCGCCAAGCCACUUUUCUAUCACAGGGCAGCUUUCAUGAACAGCCCAUGCAAGGUCUACAAGAAAGCUUCAGGGACCGUCUAUCCGGUGACGAUGGCUCGUCCGAUAGCCAAGACUACCCCCUAGGCGAUAGUGAAGAUGCCUUGGCAAUACCGUAUGACUUGUCAGAUGUAGAACAAGCCCUUGAAGAGGAGCCCGAAGAGGCCCCUGAAGACCAAGGUCCAUUGACUCCGCGUGCAUCCAGAUAUCUCGAUACUCAUGACCUCCCGCAGUCCUCUGCGCUGUUUCAUUCUACAAUCGAGUCCGACACGACAUCUCCGGGGCAGUCUCAGACAGCCAGCGGGCUGAUGGAGCCAGAGAUGACCGCCUCACACGAUAACUUGGCUUACGCCGAACAGUAUCAUGAAACUGGCUCUUCUCAUUUGGCCUCCUCGGACUUGUACAGUGAAGGACUUCCUGGAGCAGAGAGUCAACCGCAAUCAGGGGCUGCGUCUUUAGCUGAUUUGGCUCAAUCGCAGCUCUAUACCCAUGAAGAAGCAGAAAGCAUGUAUAUGAGCGCUUUCUCUCAAACCUCUGAGCCGCAGAAGUCGACCCCUGUGGAUGAGCGUGUCCCAGACCUAUCCGAGGAGCUGGAUACUCUCCCCAUGGAGAAGCCGCAGGACCAAGAAGCGUCUCCAGUAAUGGACGAACAACAAGAUGUAGAAAACUCCCAAGACAUGAAAGCGGAUGACCCACAGAUUGCGACGGAUGUGCCGCCCCAAGACGAAUUAGAGCAGCCUGUAGAGCAUCAAGCCGAGCAAUCGGAUAUUGAGCCAGCAGAAGAUACUCGGCCACGAACACCUACGAUGCCCGGCGGCUGGGAUGACAGCGUGGACACACUUCCUGACCCAGUUGUGCCCUCGGUUGGCAAAAGCGACGACACAGCACCGGCCUCAGCUGCGCAGGAGAGGGCGACAUCCGACUCUGACAGCACAUUGUCGUCACCCGCAUUCAGCCGGGCUUCAUUGUUACAAUCAGAACGACAGCCUCCCUUUGACGCCGUACCUGACGUACUUGCGGAUGAUGGCACUGCGACACCUCGGGGCCCACCGAAGCUUGUCAAGGAGAUUAUGCGACUUAACAACGUCUCAAUCUACCUUCCGUCGCAACACCAACACUUGCAUGUUCAUGUUGACUCCCCGGAAUCGCUAAGCCGACUUUCCCAAACAUUGGGGCAAUCAUCCGUCUAUCCCCAGGCUCCAGGGGCAUUCUCAAUCCACAGCUCUUCAUCACCGAGACAACCUGGGCCGACAGACCAGGAAUCAGGAGACUCCAGCAGUACAGCGGCCCUAGAGAUAAACUUGUCCCCAGUUGCCAUCAACUUUGAUGCAUCCAUUGCCUUUCUACUAGCUAUGGUAGUGGAGAAGCUUCUCCAAGCGAUCAAGAACGACAAGCGACCGCCUCAGCAAACGCCAUCAUCGACAAAACAGGAGUCGAAGCCGGCAGCUGUACCUCGUUUGAAAAUUGCCGCCGAGGAAGUCACUGUCAACUUCCUUAACAGGCUCAGUGGCCUGAUUAAUCCUUCGCAUCCGCAUGUGGAUUUCCCUUCGUUCAAUGCUGAUGAGGAAGUUCUCUUGAACAUGACCCUUCUCAACUUGAAUGUCUCCUCCGCUCCUGUAUCAGGUGAUACAAAGGUGGCGAUGAUGGCCAGCAGACCUGCCUUGCCUAAACGUGGCGAUGUGCUAACCAAGAUUGAGCUCGAAAAGUUCCGUUUUGGAUACGCCCGAGGCGAUAUACUGUCGUUUGACUGCGCAAGGCAGAUGUCAACAUCUAUCAGAGAUUCGUUCCUUUCCACUGGUCAUGAUAUUGGCAUUGAAAUCGUUCAAUCCGGCGAUAUGGUCAGAACGAAUGUGGAAACCCUUCCACUUGUUGUCCAGAUUGACUUACAGAGGCUCGACGAGACCUUUGGUUGGUUCGGGGGACUCAGCAGCUUUCUUAAUAUGAGCGCGUCGAUGACUUCCAGUCCCUCACCGGUGGCGAAGUCGACCCAGGCUCCGUCGCCGAAGCCGCGCGGUGUUCGAUUUGAUACACCCAUUGAUCCCAAAGACAAGUCAGCCUCGGCGCAGAACAAGAUCAAUUUGAGAGUUGGUGGCGCAUUGGUUGAGCUUGUCGGCAAAGAUUGCAGCGUUGCUGCCGAGACCAGCGCGCUGAAAGUCGUCAGCAGGGACGAAGGCAUAGGCCUUGGUUGCAGCAGAUUGCGGAUAUCAGGGCCGUAUCUCAGAAGUUCGUUGGCAGAUCCAGCCAUUAGCACAGAAAUUGGAGGUAUGAGAUUAGAGUUCCUCAUGGCACCAAAGGACACUGAUCUUGAAAAGCUGCUGGAGCUCAUAAUUCCGUCCAAGGUGAAGUUCGACCACGAGAAUGAUGAAGUCAUGGUCGAUACUCUUUUGCGACAAAGGCGAAAGGGCUCGGUAUUGAGAGCAACACUGGACACGGUGAAUGUGUCCGUCAAGAAUAUUGCCCAGCUUUCUGCACUCCCUGCGCUUGGUGAGGAGAUAGCGAAGCUCGCAGCCGUUGCCAAGUAUCUACCCGAGGAUGAUCGGCCUGGCCUGCUCACUUUGACUCGAGUGCAGAAACUCUCCGUCAGUUGUGAGCUUUUGGAGACUAUUGGCCACAUUGGUUGCGACAUACGAGAGCUUGAGGUGGGCCAAAUUACUGUUCCUUCCCUGGUUGCGGUCGCAGUUCACGGCAUAAAUGUUCGGCGGAAUAGCAACGAGGAGCUCAUAGGGUCCAGCCUAAUCGAGAACACAACAAAUGGAGCAUCGAACGGCCCUGUGCUCAUGGUACGGAUGAUUGGGGACGAAAUGGAGCCAGUUAUAAAGCUUAAGCUUCAAGAUUUGAGGUUUGAAUACAGAGUCACAACCAUUAUGAACUUUCUGAACCUCGGAAGCGAUGCUACGCCACAAGACUUCGAGGCUGGACUCGCUGCCUCUGUUGCAAAUUUAGGGGACCAAGCUCAUACAGCUCUCGCAGGACAGCCAGCCUCGCCGACCAGUCAGAAAUCUGCAACUCCCAUCAAGCCGACGGUUUUGGACGUGGGCCUGAGGGAUUGUGUUAUUGGGCUGAACCCUUAUAAACUCCCCUCAAAAAUGCUUGUGGCGCUUACUGAUGCCCAUGUGGAAGCUGUCUUACCUAAUAGUGGCAGAACAAAGGUCUCCGUUGGCAUCAGCAAAGCCUCCAUUCUUUUGACAGAUGAUGUCAAUCAAAUCAACAGCUCAGGCGGCCGGAUGGGAGUCCCCAGAGUGCGGUCGUCCUCCUCUGUUUCCCGACAGGUUGAAGAACUGUGUGCUUUGGGGUUUGUGGACAUUUGCUACAUGUCAUCGGCCAGUGUCGUCGUCAUUGUCAUCCCUGACCCUGAAAGCGAGACAAAAAUCGAGGUUGAAGUGCGGGACGACCUUUUAGUUUUGGAAACCUGUGCGGAUUCCACACAAACUCUUAUUACGUUGGCCAAUGCCUUGAAGCCCCCGACACCGCCAUCAAAAGAAAACAAAUACAGAACGAAGGUCCUGCCGGUCCAAGAUCUUUUGGCAUCCAUUUCUGCCGAGGCGUUUGGACGACCAGAAGGCGAGUAUGAUUUCGACCAGGAUUUCGCAGGAGCCCAAGAGAUGGCAGGUAGCACUUCCGAGGACGAAUUUGGCAGCGAGAAACUGCUUCCGGUGGACUCGCGAUUUUUUGGUUCCCAAUCUGCCGGUGAAGAGCUGUUUGACGCGACCAAGAGCAUGGAAAUGUCGCAUGACGCCUUGAUGGAGGACACAAAUGAAGGCGUUUUGCUCACCGGAUUCAAUCAAGGGCAAAGCGAGUUGUCCCAAAGCGGCAGUGACCUGGUGAUACACGACAACUACUACGAUCAAAACACCCCUGAAGAGCAUUCGGCCAGGGUUUGGAACUCAAACAGCAAUUCGUAUGACAGGGCGCCCCCCAAUCUUGUCAAGGCUAGUCCGGUCAAAGUGUCCGUGCGGGAUGCACAUGUUAUCUGGAACCUGUUUGAUGGAUACGACUGGGCGGGCACUCGCGAUGUUAUUGCCAAGGCGGUUGAAGAUGUGGAAAUCAAGGCAACCGAGCGUCAGUCCCGACGAUCCGGUAUGCAGGUGUACGAGGAAGAAAUUGAAGACGAGGAGACCAUCGGGGACUUUCUCUUCAAUUCGAUCUACAUUGGAAUACCCUCCAACCGCGAUCCUCGGGACUUGGCGCGGGCGAUCAACGAAGGUCUCAACGAUAACGCUACAGAGACAGAGUCGGUUGCCACAACAGCCAUAACAAUGAAUACGAAUCGGACCUCGCGACGCAGUCACCCCAAGUCUAAGCGCCUUCGUCUUCACCGCAGCAAGCAUCACAAAAUUACCUUUGAGCUUCAGGGGGUCAACGUCGACAUGGUCAUGUUCCCACCGGACACUGUAGAGACUGUCAGCAGCAUCGACGCGCGGGUUCAAAAUUUCGACAUCUUUGACCACGUGCCCACUUCUACAUGGAAAAAGUUUGCGACAUACGACCAAGAUCAUGGCGAACGUGAAAUGGGCACGAGCAUGAUUCACAUUCAACUGUUGAACGUGAAGCCGAUUCCGGAUUUGGCUGCUUCGGAAAUUGUUCUGCGGGCAACCGUCUUGCCACUCCGACUGCACGUCGACCAAGACGCCUUGGACUUCAUUACUCGGUUCUUCGAGUUCAAGAACGACGAUGUACCUGUUCAUGCGUCGCCAAGCGAUAUCCCAUUUCUCCAGCGCGCGGAGGUGAUGGAUAUUCCGGUCAAGCUCGACUUUAAGCCGAAGAGGGUCGACUACGGCGGUCUUCGGUCGGGCCACACUACCGAGUUUAUGAAUUUUAUCGUGCUUGAGGAGUCUCGGAUGGUUCUCCGACACGUCAUCAUUUAUGGCGUUGCAGGAUUUGAUCGUCUAGGCAAGACACUCAACGACAUUUGGAUGCCGGACGUUCGAAAGAACCAAUUGCCCGGGGUUGUGGCCGGACUUGCACCCGUUCGAUCCCUCGUCAACAUUGGCAGUGGGUUCAGAGACUUGGUCGAGAUUCCCUUGCGAGAAUACCAAAAGGAUGGUAGAGUCAUUCGAAGUAUUUCGAAAGGAGCAGUCGCAUUUGCCAAAACCACUGGCACAGAACUUGUCAAGCUGGGCGCAAAACUAGCCGUGGGAACGCAAUAUGCUCUCCAGGGGGCCGAGGAUAUGCUCACAGAGCGUGGCCAGGCAGAAGGUAGCUGGGAGGACGACGACCUAGACCCCGAAGACAAGAAACAGAUUUCGCUGUAUGCCGACCAACCUACGGGCGUUUUGCAAGGCAUCCGCGGUGGGUUCAGAUCCCUAUCGAGAGACGUCAAUCUCGCGAGAGACGCCAUCAUCGCGGUACCAGGAGAAGUCAUGGCGACUCAAUCGGCCAGCGGAGCCGCCAAAGUGAUGUGGAAGAGAGCCCCGACCAUCAUAUUCCGACCCGCCGUUGGAGUAACAAAGGCUAUUGGACAGACAUUGAUGGGAGCGACGAAUGCCUUGGAUCAAGAUAAUAAGAGGCGGAUCAGUGAGCAUUAA